AGUGGAGAAAUUUGAAUCCAUGGGGAAUUGCUCUCUCAAAGCAGUCGACGAUGCAACCAAAGACCUCGGCUUCGCGAGGAUCAUGACAGAUUCCGGCCAACUGUUACACCUCAGAUGCCCCAAAUCAGCACGGCAACUCCUCGCCGAGUUCCCCGGCUACAACGUUUACGGCCAGGGCCACAUGUCGUCGCCGAUGAGCGAGCAACACCAGCUCCAGGCCGGCCAAUUCUACUAUCUCCUCCCCGUCGCCGGAGAAACGGAGGCGGCGGCGCCGGAAAAUGAAGUGAGGGUGGAGGUUCUGGCGCCGCCGCGGAAGGGGGUGUGGAAGGUGAAAUUUGUGAUUGAUUCUCAGCAACUGGGGGAGAUUUUGGCGGAGGAUGAGAAUACAGAAGCCAUGAUUGAGCAAAUGAGGUCGGCGGCCAUAAAUUCACCCAAGGGAAGAAGAAAGAGUUCGUGGGGUGGGAGUUUGAAGGUUAUCUUUGCAAAUGCUUUUAAGAUGCCUCUUGAGAAUCAGAAUAAAGUUCAGGCACUGGAUUGUUGCACUAGCAGCCCUAGCCCAAGAUAGGGUUUUCAUGCCAUUUAGCUGAAAAAUUGGAAGCUUUUUUUCCAAUUAAUGUAUAAUUAGUGAGUGAUUAAGGAUUUAAGGUAUGUUUAAAUGGUUCAAUGAGGCAUAUUUUCAUGCCCAGAUGUUGUUAAUCAUAACUACAAUCUACAUGUUUUGUAGCUUAUUUAUCAAUAUAUCAAUAUAUAAAUGGCCAAAUGGGCAAGCUGUUAGUAACAUAUAAUUGAAACA